GUGUCGUCGAGUGUUAUGUUAAACUAGAUAAAUAUCUAAAAGAUAUUUUUCUUAAAUUUACAUUUAAAAGGCUGUAUAUUUUCAUUGCAAAUACUAAAUAAGUCGUUUAUUGUAGGAAACGACAGGUCAAGUCCAGCUGUAUGCGAAGCUGAAGUCACCAUUUGAGGUGGAACGGGAAAAUUCGAACAAGGAGCAAACGAAAAAGGCCAACUUCAGCCUCGUUUCCAGGGAAGCUGAGUGUCUAAGGUUAAGCAGCGAUGACCGGCCGUGCCAGAGCCAGAUCCAGGGGCAGAGCCCGCGGUCAGGAGGCUGUAGCUCCAGGAGCGCAACCCACUCCAUCUCAGGAGGAGGCGAGACCUGUCCUACCCCCCCCUGCUGAGGGAGAACUUGUGGGAAGGGGAAGGCAAAAAAGAGCACCAGGAGCGGUGUCAGCCGAAGCUGUCUUCCAGAUUUCUGCAGGCUUCCAGCAGGUUAAGAUUGGUGAGAGGGGAGGGCGCAGACGAGAUUUUCACGAUGCUGGGGUCCACACUCGCCAACUCAUGGAGCAUGUUAAGGAGUCUAAGACAGGCAUGUCGGGCUCCCCAAUUGAGCUACGGGCUAACUUCAUGCGCUUGCUGUCCCGACCCCAGUGGGCUCUGUAUCAGUACCAUGUGGACUUCAAGCCACCCAUGGAGUCUCGGCGUCUGCGGUCAGCUCUUCUCUUCCAGCAUGAUGAAACGUUGGGCAAAGCACGUACUUUUGACGGAGCCCUACUUUUUCUCCCUCAUCGACUUCAUAACACCGAGACAGUGCUCUGUAGUGAAACCAGGCAUGGAGAGAGAGUCCAGAUCACAGUCACACUGACCAAUGAGCUGCCUCCUUCGUCUCCUGUGUGCCUGCAGUUCUACAACAUCAUUUUUAGAAGGAUCCUGAGGAUGCUGAACAUGCAGCAGAUUGGCCGUCAUUACUACAAGCCUGAUGACCCCCUCAACAUCCCCCAGCACAGACUGACCAUCUGGCCUGGGUUUGUGACCAACAUUAUGCAGUAUGAGUCCAGCAUCAUGCUGUGUACUGAUGUGAGCCACAAAGUUCUGCGCAGUGAGACUGUUCUUGACUUCAUGUCCAGCCUGAAGCAGCAUUGUGGAGACCAGCGCUUUCCUGAUGCCUGUACCAAAGAGCUGGUGGGCCUGAUUGUUCUCACAAAGUACAAUAACAAGACAUACAGGAUUGAUGAUAUUGCUUGGGAUCACACCCCCAACAACACCUUUAAGAGGGGAGACACCAUGAUCUCCUUCAAGGAUUACUACAAGACGCAAUAUGGUCUGGAAAUAACAGAUGGGAACCAGGUUCUGCUGGUCAGUCAUGUUAGGAGGAUGGGCCCUGCAGGAGCACCUCCACCAGGACCAGCCUUGCUUGUUCCAGAAUUCUGUUACCUCACAGGUCUGACGGAUAAGAUGCGCAAUGACUUCAACAUCAUGAAGGAUCUGGCAGCUCACACCAGACUGACCCCAGAACAGAGAGAAUCUCGCCUCAACAGAUUCAUCACCAACAUCAGCAGGAAUGCUGAGGCUCAGAAUGAGCUCAGCACAUGGGGCCUGAGCUUUGAGAACAAGUUGCUGAGUCUGACUGGAAGAGUUCUUCCUACUGAAAGGAUCAUUCAGGGAGGCAGGAUGUACGAGUAUAACCCAUGGGCUGCAGACUGGUCUAAAGAGAUGCGAGGUGUUCCUCUGAUCAGCAGCAUGCCUCUGGAAUCCUGGAUGAUGUUUUACACACGUCGUAAUGGUGAUGUAGCUCACUCUUUGCUGCAGACCCUUAAUAAAGUAGCUGGACCCAUGGGCAUCCGCAUGCAAAGAGCAGUCAUGAUAGAGUAUGAAGAUCGACAGGAGUCUCUGUUGAGAGCGCUGCAGCACAAUGUGGGAUCUGGGACUCAGAUGGUUGUUGUGAUCCUGCCCACCAACCGCAAGGACAAGUACGACUGUGUGAAGAAGUACCUGUGCGUGGACUGUCCGACUCCCAGUCAGUGUGUUGUGUCUCGCACCCUCAGCAGACCUCAGGCCCUCAUGACUGUGGCCACUAAGAUCGCCUUGCAGAUGAAUUGCAAAAUGGGAGGAGAACUGUGGAGCGUCGAGAUUCCACUGAAGCAGCUGAUGAUUGUGGGCAUCGAUUGUUAUCAUGACACUGCUGCAGGAAAGAGAUCCAUUGGUGCGCUGGUGGCCAGCCUCAACCAGAGCAUGUCCAGGUGGUUUUCCAAGUGUGUCUUGCAGAGUCGUGGCCAGGAGAUCAUUGAUGGACUCAAAGUGGCAUUGAAGGCUGCUCUCAAGGCCUACUGGAAGUACAACAACUGCCUGCCAUCACGCAUCAUUGUGUACAGAGAUGGAGUGGGUGACGGCAUGCUGCAGAGUGUGGUCAACUAUGAAGUACCCCAGAUCAUGCAGUCCAUCAAGACCAUGGGCGAAGACUAUGCGCCCAAACUGACAGUGGUUGUGGUGAAGAAACGCAUUGCCUCCAGAUUCUUUGCUCGGAUUGAUGGCAAACUGUCCAACCCUCCUCCUGGAACAGUCAUCGACACGGAGGUCACCAGGCCUGAGUGGUAUGACUUCUACAUCGUGAGUCAGGCAGUGCGCAUGGGCAGCAUUUGCCCCACUCAUUACAACGUAGUGUUUGACAGCAGCGGACUCAAACCAGACCACAUGCAGAGACUCACCUACAAGCUCUGCCACAUGUACUACAACUGGCAGGGGAUUGUGCGAGUGCCUGCGCCAUGUCAGUAUGCCCACAAACUGGCCUUCUUGGUGGGCCAGAGCAUCCACAAGGAGCCCAAUGUCAACCUGGAUGAUUUUCUGUAUUACCUCUAA